CUUUCCAUCACCCCUCACUAACUACACGCUUCCUUGUCCUCCUCUCCCCUCUUAUCUCUUUAGUCUAUUCCUACUCUUUCUUUCCCUCCCCCUCAUUUUCUUCCCCCUCCUCCCCUCCUUCCUCUCUUCCUCUUCUUCCUCCUUCUUUUCUCCCUUCCUUUUCACCAUGUCUCAAUCCACUUCUACCCCUCCUCUCCAGGAUCCCCAUGCCACCACCGCCGCCCAAAUCGCCGGACAGUCCGCCUCCAAUCCCGCCCGCGCCACCGAACUCGCCAAUCUUAAAGUAAGCCUGCGUGGUGCUUUGCGUCAAUUUCCCGACUUCCCGUUGCCUGGCAUUCUCUUCGAAGAUAUCCUCCCGAUCUUUGCCAAUCCUACCCUGCACGAGGCUCUCUUGCGCUGCCUCGAGCUCCACAUACUCGAGAGCAACGGCAACCAGAAACCCGAUGUCAUUGUUGGUUUGGAAGCCCGUGGCUUUUUGUUUGGUCCUAGCUUGGCUUUGAGACUGGGCGCUAGCUUCGUCCCCGUCCGCAAGCAAGGCAAGCUUCCCGGUCCCUGCGAGACUCAGGGCUACCAGAAGGAGUAUGGCGAGGACUUCUUUCAGAUGCAGUCUGAUGCCAUCAAGCCUGGUCAGAAGGUCGUGGUGGUGGAUGAUAUCAUAGCCACCGGUGGUUCGGCGUUCGCGGCUGGGGAGCUGAUCAAGAAGAUGGGCGGUGAUCUCAUGGCUUUCGUUUUCAUUCUUGAACUCGAGUUCCUCAAGGGACGGGACAAGCUGUCCGCCCCCGUUCAUACCCUUCUGACUGGCCAGGAGGAGAAGGUCCUCUGAGUUCACCAAAAAGGCAAAAAAAGAAAUUAUAAUGAAAAGCAAAGACAUUCCGCACUGUGUUACCCCUCUGUUCGAUUCGUUGUCAAAGGUACGCAAAGUCAGAAAAAUAAGCUCAUUCCCCGGAAGUGAUUCGCCUGGGCGGAUUGACCAGACUACGGUAAUCUAAUGCCGUGCUUUAUCGUGCAAUCAGUAGAUGGCAAUUGUGGCUUUGCUGCGUUGCUGACUUCUGGCUGCUUACUCCCCGACCGAUGAUCUGACCUCGUCGGCUACCUGUUGGGACGUAAAGCCACUCGUCCUCGGACCCGACCUGAAAUUUUAGGUUGGUAUCUUCUAGCUCAUUGGAGCGAAAUCCCACAAAUAUGAAGAUGAUUGUCCUGCGGGUUACGAACAGAGCUGCGCUUUCUCUGAAAUUAUAGACUGAUGAAAAUACUAUACCAUUGACGACAAAAUCAAGUAU